AAAUCCUAAAAGGGAAGGACACAAAGAAAGUAAAGGUGAAUUCCAGGCAUGAGUUUUCCGGGGGGCAGCGGGAGCUCCCCCGCCCCCCUCGGCCCCCAGGUGCGCUCCGCGCCGCCCACCGGCGCGGAGCAGGGAGCCGCGCUAGGACCCGAGGAGGAAGCGCCGCAGGGAACCGGACGCGGCCUGCGGCGGGUGCUGCCGCGAGCGGCCAGCCGAGCGGCUGGAAAUGAAAGUGCAGCGCUCCGGAGCCACAUGGACGGAGCUGCCGGGGCGGCGGCGCCGGGAGCAGGAUGCGGCCGCCCGUAAUUAAAUAGCAUUUACUCUUAUUAUUACUAAUAAUAAUAACGUAAUCAUACCUCUAGUCAUAGCAUACCACUUAUCGGGCUCGGCGCAGGCCCGCGGGGAGCGCAGCCCGGCCGAGGUCUGUGGUCUGCCCUGACUGCUGCUCCUUCAAGAGUUGGGAACAGAGACUGAUGGAGAGGCAGAGACGCAAGGCGGACAUCGAGAAGGGGCUGCAGUUCAUUCAGUCGACACUACCCCUAAAGCAAGAAGAAUAUGAGGCCUUUCUGCUCAAGCUGGUGCAGAACCUGUUUGCCGAGGGCAAUGACCUGUUCCGGGAGAAGGACUACAAGCAGGCCCUGGUGCAGUACAUGGAAGGGCUGAAUGUGGCCGACUACGCCGCUUCCGACCAGGUGGCCCUGCCCCGGGAGCUGCUGUGCAAACUGCAUGUCAACAGGGCCGCCUGUUACUUCACCAUGGGCCUGUACGAGAAGGCGCUGGAGGACAGCGAGAAGGCCCUGGGUCUGGACAGCGAGAACAUCCGAGCGCUGUUCCGCAAGGCGCGGGCCCUCACCGAGCUGGGGCGCCACAAGGAGGCCUAUGAGUGCAGCAGCCGUUGCUCACUCGCCCUGCCCCACGAUGAAAGUGUAACUCAGCUUGGUCAGGAGCUGGCUCAGAAGCUUGGGCUGCGAGUUCGGAAGGCGUAUAAGAGGCCCCAGGAAUUGGAAACCUUUUCUCUGCUCAGUAACGGCACUGCAGCUGGUGUGGCAGAUCAGGGAACUUCCAGUGGAUGGGGGUCCAUAGAUGACAUCGAAACAGACUGCUACGUGGACCUUCGAGGCUCCCCGGCACCCCUCCCCUCCACCCUUACGAUGCCCCUGUUCCCUCACGUUCUGGAUCUGCUGGCUCCCCUGGACAGUAGCAGUAGGGCCCUCCCCGGCACCGAGGCCCUGGACGACUUCUCUGACGGGGACGUCCUCGGUCCUGAGCUGGACUCCCUUCUGGACUCCCUGUCUCUGGUCCAGGGUGGCCUGCCUGGCAGCGCUGUGCCCAGUGAGCUGCCCCAGCUGAUACCCGUGUUCCCGGGCGGGACCCCGCUGCUGCCACCCGUGGUGGGUGGGUCCAUCCCCGUCUCCAGCCCACUGCCCCCUGCCUCCUUUGGCCUCGUCAUGGACCCCUCCAAGAAGCUGGCUGCCUCUGUGCUGGACGCCCUUGACCCCCCAGGCUCCGCACUGGACUCCCUGGACCUGCUGCCGUACUCAGAGACCCGGCUGGACGCCUUGGACAGCUUUGGGUCGACCCGGGGCUCCCUGGACAAGACCAGCUCCUUCAUGGAGGAUGCCAAUUCACAGGACCAUCGUCCCCCAAGUGGCUCUCAAAAACCAGCCCCUUCGCCAGAGCCCUCCAUGCCCAACACCGCCCUGCUCAUCAAGAACCCGUUGGCUGCCACCCACGAGUUCAAGCAGGCCUGCCAGCUCUGCUACCCCAAAACAGGCCCCAGGGCAGGCGACUACACCUACCGAGAGGGCCUGGAGCAUAAGUGCAAGCGGGACACCCUGCUCGGUCGGCUCCGGAGCUCUGAGGACCAGACCUGGAAGCGAAUCCGGCCCCGACCCACCAAGACCAGCUUCGUGGGCUCCUACUACCUGUGCAAAGACAUGAUUAACAAGCAGGACUGUAAGUACGGGGAUAACUGCACCUUCGCCUACCAUCAGGAGGAGAUCGACGUGUGGACCGAGGAGCGGAAGGGCACCCUUAACCGCGACCUGCUCUUUGACCCGCUGGGGGGCAUCAAGCGUGGCAGCCUCACCAUCGCCAAGCUCCUUAAGGAGCACCAGGGCAUCUUCACCUUCCUCUGCGAGAUCUGCUUUGACAGCAAACCCCGGAUCAUCAGCAAAGGCACAAAGGACUCUCCGUCGGUCUGCUCCAACCUGGCUGCCAAGCACAGCUUCUACAACAACAAGUGCCUGGUGCACAUCGUCCGCUCCACCUCCCUCAAGUACUCCAAGAUCCGCCAGUUCCAGGAGCACUUCCAGUUCGACGUGUGCCGCCACGAGGUACGCUACGGCUGCCUGCGGGAAGACAGCUGCCACUUCGCCCACAGCUUCAUCGAGCUCAAAGUCUGGCUGCUCCAGCAGUACUCGGGCAUGACCCACGAAGACAUCGUCCAGGAGUCUAAGAAAUACUGGCAGCAGAUGGAGGCCCACGCAGGGAAGGCCAGCAGCAGCUUGGGUGCCCCACGGACACACGGGCCCAGCACCUUUGACCUGCAGAUGAAGUUUGUGUGUGGCCAGUGCUGGAGGAAUGGGCAGGUGGUGGAGCCCGACAAAGACCUCAAGUACUGCAGUGCCAAGGCCCAGCACUGCUGGACCAAGGAGCGACGGGUACUUCUCGUGAUGUCCAAGGCCAAGAGAAAGUGGGUGUCAGUGAGGCCACUGCCAUCCAUUCGCAACUUCCCACAGCAAUAUGACCUCUGCAUCCACGCGCAGAACGGCCGCAAGUGCCAGUAUGUGGGGAACUGCUCCUUCGCACACAGCCCAGAGGAGAGGGACAUGUGGACGUUCAUGAAGGAGAAUAAGAUCCUGGACAUGCAGCAGACCUAUGACAUGUGGCUGAAGAAACACAACCCAGGGAAGCCAGGGGAAGGGACCCCAAUCAGUUCCCGGGAAGGAGAGAAGCAGAUCCAGAUGCCCACGGACUACGCCGACAUCAUGAUGGGCUACCAUUGCUGGCUCUGCGGCAAGAACAGCAACAGCAAGAAGCAGUGGCAGCAGCACAUCCAGUCGGAGAAGCACAAGGAGAAGGUCUUCACAUCCGACAGCGACGCCAGUGGCUGGGCCUAUCGCUUCCCCAUGGGCGAGUUCCGGCUGUGUGACAGGCUCCAGAAGGGAAAGGCCUGCCCCGACGGGGACAAGUGCCGCUGCGCCCAUGGUCAGGAGGAGCUCAACGAGUGGCUGGAUCGGCGCGAGGUGCUGAAGCAGAAGCUGGCCAAGGCUCGCAAGGACAUGCUUCUGUGCCCCCGGGAUGAUGACUUUGGCAAAUACAACUUCCUGCUGCAAGAGGAUGGCAACACUGCUGCUGCAGCCCCAGAAGCUCCUGCUACUGCCACUGUCACUGGGGAGUAGGACCCCGUCUUGGUCGUGGGUGAAGUCCUAGGGUCAGGGGUUGGGGUGGGGACAGAGGGCCUGGUAGAAAGGCCAGAGCAGGCCAGGGCUGGGGGUGGGGGCUGCCCUCACCCAGCAGCCCCUGGCUCCAGACGCCUCACCCUGCCAUCUGUCCCUACUACCCAGUGCACAAGCCCAGUGCACGUGCUGCAGCCACCAGCCGUCCCAGGGUCCUCAUCCCGCUGAAACCCUGGGUAGGGCCUCUCCCACUCCCAGCCCUCUGGGUUGGGUAGAGAGGAGUCUAGCCGACCCCUCCAGCUUCAGCUACAGCUUUAACUUCUGUCUGCUCCUGAAGGGGGCCCAAAGGUCAGGGCUGAAGAGCCUGGGGUCCCCACUUGAAUCUGCAGCAGGAGGGUCCUCUCCCGACCCCACCUUCAUUCCACCCCCACCUCUCUGGGGGCAGAUCAGGAUACAGCAGAGGGCAGGAAGCCCCACGUAGCUUUAACAUGCAGCCCCAGGAUGGGGCUGAGACACUGUACUGGCCACUUACCCUCUGGGGCCUCAGUGUUCCCUCUGGUUGGAAGAAUGGGAGGGGCUGGGCUAGUGAUCUCUGGAGUUGACUCUCCAGGGAGGCUACCAUCCCAGCCCCUCUCGCUCCUGAGCCAUUGAAUGUAAAUCCUAGAUCCUCAGAGCCUUUGGUGAUGGCCCAGCCCAAACCUCUGUUUUGCAGAUAGGAAAACUGAGGCCUAAAAGAGAGGUUAGUUAUCUGCCCAGGGUCUCCCUCCCACGGCCUGAGGUAGAGCUGGGGUGCAAAACUAGUCAGAAGACUCAGGGCUUGUCAUUAGCUGGAGCUUCCAGGCUCUCGAUAAGAGUGUGACAGACAGCCUCUGACUCCAUGUGCAGCUGGGGUCCCAGGCAACCCCACCCAGGGGCUGGGGAAGGGGGCUCAGAGGGCUAGUCUUGUCAGCAAUGUGGAGGGGAAGUGCCCUCCCGAGGACGGUUGCGGGGAGUGUAGCAGCAAAGAUUACUUCCCCGCCCCGCUCAGGGACAGGUAGUAAGGAGAGCUGGGAAUGGGCAGGACACCCGUGGGCUCAGGUUCUGCAUCAGGUAUUGGGAUGGGGGAGAGGUGGAGAGAAGGGAGACGUGACUCUGGGCACCAUGGGCCACUCCAGGACCAGAUAUAACCCCUCUUUCUGGGCACCCAGCAUGGUCCUCUCCCCCUUCUCCCCAGACCCAGAAAUCAAUUAUGACCAUCUGUCCCGGCCCCUCCCUCCUGCUCCCCAGCCCUGCCAGCUGCCUAGGACCCCAACUGAUUCCCCAGCCCCUGCCCCCCCACCAAGCCCCUCUCUUGUCCCCCUCGUCUAAUGUCUGUGUGCACCCCUUCCUCUCCAUCCCACCCCCUGUGAGUAUAUCCAGCCUCCCAUGGUUCCCUAGACAUUCCAGAAGGCCCCACACCAUUGGCACAAGAAGUGGGCCCCCCCCCCCCCAAAGGAACCAGGACCAAGGCUGGAGUUGGGGGUGAGAUGGAGAGUAUAGAGUACCCUGUAUUUCUCCUCAAGCAAGGAUUGAUAGUGUGCGGAUAUGAUGACGGGCGUCCCAGGCCGCAGAGAACCCUGUUCCUCUUGCCGCCACUGCCCAGCCUUUCCCCAGUAACCGGCAUGCAUCCCUUCCUCCCUGCCCCUUCCCCCAGCAGGCCAGCGCUGCGGAGUGUGGAUGCUGGUGGAGCUGGAGGGGAGGAGAGACCACACCCAAGGUGGGGGCGUGGCCAUGAAUGUCAAUGACAUGUGUUUUCCCUGAUUCGUGGUGUUGCAGUCUGUUGUCACCAGCCUUGUUUUUAGUGUGUAUAUAUGUCGCUCCUGUGAUACAUAUAUACACAGGUAUUAAAUAUAUCGCUCUAUAUAAUAUUAUAUAUGUGUGUGGUAUCCAACGAAUCACUUCUAACGAGGGCUAAAGAUAAAGAAUUUGGUCAGAAAAUGCAGCCAUCUGAUGUAAUUGGGAAAGGUUUUCAGGGUCAUCAGGCCAUUUUCAAGGAUUCAGGGACUAGAGCCGUGGUCAGAGGUGACUGGGGCAGAAGUGGCCCUGCCUAGGCCUAGCUCUGCGUGGCAGCUCCCAGACCACCGCUGGUGAGGAGCGAGUAAGAGUGCUCAAGAACAGAAAAUGAUUGCUGUUUGUCUCCCACCCAAGGGAAUCGGAUUAGAGUCCAGAUUUUUCUUCUACCUGUUACCCUCCCAGGGGUCCCUGGGAUCUGGGCCUUUCUGGCCUGGCCAGAGCUGCUCCCCUGAGCAAGAAGCAGGAAGGGAGGUGUGGGGAGGGGGAUGGGAGUAGACUCUGAGUGGUGAGGGGACUAUUUCAGUUGUGACCCUGACUGGGAGGCUGGGAGAGUUGAACCAGGGGCCUGUGCCCACCACCAUCAGGCAGGGUCAAGACGUCAUUGCGAACAUGGUGACCAGGAACAGACACCCUUGAUGUGAGGGUCCCUUUGGAUCAGGCAAAGAGGGAUGCUGCAUUUCUCAGCUGGGCAGGAAUCAACUUAGUGGUCCUUUUAAAACGUCUGUGUAUAAAAAUUUAAGAAUACCACACUUUAAUAUUAAAUAUUCAUAAGGUCUAGUAUCUUGAUAAUAAUGUAGAUGUUUUAAUAACAAUUUUUGUCCUUCUUAAAAUAAAAUGAAAGAAACUUG